UGCUUUUGCUGACUUCGCAUCCCGACCCAAGUUUGAGAUGGGCAGUUCAACGUCACCAGAACCCAGUCCUAGCGCGCUCGAUGUGGAUAGAUUUGACUUUCCUGUCGCACAGAAAGAUUCGGAUGCAGAUAAACAUCGGUUUGAAAGUGGAGGAAGUUUUUAUGAAGACGAAGUUUUGAAAACUGCCAAGAAAGAUAUUGCGGCUUUUCUUGGGUUAGAGGUAUGGUCUAUUUACUCGCUGGGGCACCCUGUGCCCGGGCGAGUAUAGGUUUCGGCAUGCAUUUUUGGUGGAUGUCAGAUUUCCGAUCCUCGUUGAUAGCCACAAAAUAGAGUAUUAAUGAGCUGCCUAAUAAAAUCCAAAAUGGCGGCCUUUUGUGGAGUGGGCAAAAUGUUUCAAACAAUUUCGUUAAAAUGAUUUCUAUGGAUUUUGCAUUGUGUCUAAUUCUGGACACCCUUGCUAGUUUAGUUAAUGCAUUUUUCUUGGUGCACGACUCUGAAAAUCCGAAAUUUGGAUCUUUGAUUUCCCGUGCACAAUCAUAAUAUACUGAAUCUGAAUAUAAACGAGUCAAAGACAAUUUCAAGGUAAAAGAAAAGGUUAUAAAUUAGACUACACAACUUUUGAUAGAUAACUACUUUAUGAGAAGCAUAUUGGUGUCAUAUCAAUAUAAAAUUUAUGCAACAACAGUCCCUAAUUAAUAGUAUCUGUGGAAACGUGAAAACUGUAGUGUGAAAUAUGAUAUUGUAUUUGUAAUGCCUAAUGUAAUGGCGCAAUAAGGAUAAAAAUUCCACCGUUCGAUUCAGCGUAAGAAAUUGUACUUACGGAUGUCAAAUGUAUUUACACUAAACAGCAGCCGUAUUCUAGCGAUUUAUGGCGAAAUUGUAUUGUUUACAAAUCGCUUGCAGUACGUAUUGUUGACAGACAAAUCACUCGCACUACGUUUGCCGUGUUCUUCUAUUUGUAUUAAUGCCUAUAAUGGCGCAAUAUUCCAAAAAGGAUAAAAAUACCACCGUUUGAUUUAGCGUAUUAAAGGGAUACGGCAAUAUAUUUUUUUAUUAUUUCAUUUGGAAGAACUUUUAAAAUUAUAUGUAAGUCUCUUUUACCGAUUUUGCGUAACUUUAUUAUUUCUUGAGAUAUUUGAACAGAAAAAAUCACAAAUCAGCGAGCUUUCCGCCAUCCUGGAUUUUGGCGGAUAUGCAUGUGACAUAAGCAGGGUCACGCAAUAAUUUUAUCCAUAGAGCAAUUGGUUAUUAUGAGCCCAAAAUCAUAUACUUCAGUAACUAUUCGAAAUAAAAAACUGUCUGACGGCUUUUUAAACAAUAUUUGGUCAUUUAGAUGUAGUUUUAUAUGGCUAACCCUGCUUUUGACGUCACUAAAAUCACCGAAAAUGAGAUAAAAAUUAAUUCAAGAUGGCGGACAGGAAAUUAUUUUAAAGCCGGCUUUCCACUUGCGAAUUUUUUCGCGCGAAGCGAAUUUUUCUUUUGUCUUUAUCCACUGAAUUAGUUUCAGUUGAGAGACCAAAGACAAAUGAAAAAUUCGCUUCGCGCGAAAAAAAAUCGCAAGUGAAAAACCGGCUUAAGUCGAAAUAUUUCAAGAAAUAAUAAAGUUACGCAAAAUCGGUAACAGAGAUUAAUAUAUAAUUUUAAAAGUUCUUUAAAAUGAAAUAAAAAUAUAUAUAUAUUGCCGUAUCCCUUUAAGAAAUUGUUCUUACGGAUGUCAAAUGUAUUACUAAACAACAGUAUUCUAGCGAUUUAUGGCCUUUGAAAAUCAAGCGAAAUUGUAUUGUUGACAAAUGGCCACAAAUCGCUCGCAGUACGUAUUGAUUUUGUUAACAAAUCACUCGCAAUACGUUUGUCUUUAUUUAUAUUUGUAUUAAUGCCUAAUGGUGCAAUAUUCCCAAUAAGGGAUAAACUGAAUACCACCGUUCGAUUCAGCGUAAGAAAUUGUACUUACGGAUGUUAAAUGUAUUUACUAAACAACAUUAUUCUAGCGAUUUAUGGCCUUUGUCUCUGAAAGCCAAGCGAAAUUCGGUAUUGUUGACAAAUCGCUCAAAAAUAUUAAACUAAUUAUAAAAAAUGCAGUACGUUUAAUCCUUGAUAAUUUUGGUAUCGUGGGGGGUUUUUUCGGCCGUAAACCAGUGUAUUCGUCUCACUUCUCUCUUCGUUUUGAUAGUAUUUUGAGCCCAAAAGCUCCAAAAUAUUUUAUUUUGAACUCUUUAAAGCGCAGUUUAAUCCUACUAUCGGCCGACAGAAGAAUGUAGCGUACUAAAUAUAACUUACUUGUAGGCGGAAACGCCGUAAGUUUUCUUUGUAGGGCACCGCAUUUUAGUAUGGGAGUUAUUGAAAUCUCUCGUUGAAAUUCGUAUAUUGCUGAGCUGGCGUCUUGUUUUCCGUAAAUAUUGUUCUGUUUUUCUGCAGCGCUUACCAAAUUUUGAGCACAUAUGGUGACAGAAUUUAGUUCAUUUGUAUAGCCCCAGCGAGUUAACGCUCUAUAGAGCGUCUUGUUACUAUAUAUUGAAAUUCUUGGGUUUUAAUUACGUGAGAUUGUAGCAUAAUUUGUCAGUGAGUCAUUGAACAGAGGUGAACUACAGCGUGUAUGAAAAAGUGACCUUUUAGAAAUCACCUUUUUGUUAUUAAAGCGUGUUAUGUUUCACCUGGGAAUUUAAUUAAAUACUCCUUGCUCUGUAGUCAGUUGAACCAUUGUUAAUCGAUUUGGUUGGCGGGAUUCAUUUCUAAGUCGUUUUAACUUUCAAUUAGAAUUUUUAUAACUCCCAGAGCUAAUGAAGUUUGAGUGUUUACAACAAAAGGAUAAUUUCUAAAGGGUCGUUUUUUAUAUACACCCUGUAUAACAAAGAAACAACAUGCUUCAGAACAUCUUAUGUAAAUGAGUUCUCCAACUAUUAUAAAAGCCUUCUUUUACCGUUGACACAGACCCUUGAUUUCCACGUGAUGUCAUAUGAAACCUGGGGAUAGUUUCCUAUUGAUCUCAUAACUUUAACUGGACAGCACUUCCUAUUCACAAACACACUGUAUCUUGUCUCUUUACAAUUUUAUGAGUGAUUAUUAGCUAACAUAUAUGUGUGCCUGAAAGUUUUUGCAUUUGCCCGUCUUUUGACUGAAAACGAAUAAAACAUCCUUUACUAAAAGCUGUUAUAAUGAACGGUGAGACUCCAACUUUGAAACUGACUUCGCACAAAAUAUCGUUCGUAACAGCGGACAAUUUGGCUUAAAUUUUAACUGACAGUUGACAUCCAAAGACACAUAUUUAAACCCAGAACUUUUAUAUUGACGACUUUGUAAUUAUUUAUGGCCAUAGGAAAAAGACGAAAGUUUACUUGACGAUGUAUUGUGUUCUGCUGUGAUUCCAAAAGGAACGCUUCUCGUUACACAAGGCGAAGUGGUAAGCUUAAGAAUGGAUUGAUUAUAAAAAUAAUUGAUGGUUUAUUCAUUAUUGACAUAUUUUCGCACCAUGCAGAAGGUGAAUUGCGAUAUGUUGACAAAUUAGAGAAUAAAAAUUACACAUAAUCAAAAAUAGGGAUAACUACACUAUAUAUUUAACAAAUAUUUGUUUUAUAGGCUAAUACAGCACAAAGAAACAUAAUGAAAGAAAUGUUCCGACGUUUCCGUGUUGACAUUAGUUAUAUCAACACGGCUCUUGACCAAUCGGCGUUCAGAAUUUACAAAUGCUGUAUUAUAAUACAUUCUAUAAAUAUGUUAAAAGCUCUAUUAUACUAAUUUACAUCGGUUAUACGCAGGCUGCUACCAAACAGCAAUUUUAAACUUGUCCUCUUCCGCCAUGUUGAAAGCUUAUAAUUUGGUUGGGCGAAAGCUUUGUGAAAUAUUAUGUUACAACCAACAUUGUACCAGGGGGGUGGUGGUUUACAAAGAUGUACAUGAACAGUAAUUUUUACAGCUAAGUAUCCACAGAAUUUUAACCAUCAUUGUAGGUUUUCCUACUAGCAGUUAAAAAUUUCUGCCAAAGUGUGAAAUAUUUCAAUAAUUUUUCAGGACUGUAGUGUUUAUUUCCUCAUCAGCGGCUGCCUGCAAGUCUCUCAGAAAGACAUGGAUUCUAGCGAAGAGGUAUAUAUACUAUGUUAAGAUAACACGGUUUUCAUGGACCAAACUCACAACUUGUCAACAGGCUUGCAUGCAGCAAGCUUGUAACAAUAGUUGUCAUUUCAUCAAGUUGCUACAAUGUUGUCACUCGCAACUUGUUAACAAAUUGUUGAAUUGAAGGACGAUAACAUGUUGGAACAACUUGUGACAAAUCUUUUGAGUCGACAACCUUAUACACGGAUAAAAAUUGAGAAAAUCAACAACUUGUUCCAGGUUGAUAUCAACAGGCGUGAACAAUGUUGUGCGGCCCACUAUGAACAGUAUUGUCAACAUGUUGUUACAGCAUUGUUCAACUGUAACAACUUGGAACAACAUGGUUGACAACUUGUUCAUAGUUGGCCGCACAACAUUGUUCACGCCUGUCGAUAUCAACUUGGAACAACCUGUGCGUUUUUAGCCGUAGCAAGUUGUCAACAAACUGUUGACAAACUUGUCAACAAGAUGGGAACAAGCGUUGCCAACACAUCCUAAAGCGAGUUGUUGAAACAGUUUUGCGUGUGUUUACAAGUUAAAAUUUUCUUUGAUGUGGAGAAAGCGUACUACAAUAAAUUGCAGUACUUGUCAACUUUCGUUGAGAUUUAACGUUGUCUUCUGUAAUUAAGCGUUUGUUUAUUGUGCUUCGCUUCCAAACAUCAUACAACAAUUGCCUUAAAGAGGGAAGCCUCGCAGUGCCUCGGAAGGUCGUCUCCAAUUGGAUGGGGGGUUUUCUAAAGAACGAAGCAAUUCAUUGUUCUGAACACAAAAGCAAUUGUCAAGUCGGGCCAAUGAAAAUCACUCUUCCGAGCUACUGCGAGGCUACCCCUUAAAGAAGCUGGGACACCAUAACAGCUUAACGCCAAUUACAGUGGGCAUGACAAGCCAUGUGAACUGUUUUCAAGCAACUAUAUAACCUUUAGAAACUGAUGACAUAUAUCCCAUUUAGAACGUGUUGUACGUCACUCAUCCUCGGGAAUUCGUGGGCAGUCUCUCCGUCAUAACUGGCGAACCAUCACUGUUUACAAUCAAGGCUGUCAAGUUUUGUCAACUUGGUGUCUUGAGCAAAAGUGAUAUCUACGGGUACGAUUGUGUAAUUUAUGACUGCAGACAACUGUCUAUUGUUUUUUCUCAAAGGUUGAUACAUGGAAGAGCUUAUUCUGUGCUCAUUUGAUGUGAUGAAAUCACUCUGAGUCUCUGAAUCUUACCCAGACCCAUCCCUAUAAGCCCAAGCUUCCAGCCACAAGUGGGACGCCCUACAACGAAAAAUGGACGACUUUGGACGCCCAAAUUCCGGGGAGGAAAGUGAAAUGAUUCUCAAUGAUUUCCCUAAAUAUAUUAACAUAUCUGAAACGAAAUAGCUUCAGUUUUCAAUAGUAUUAUACAUUUGACGUUUUGAUCAAUUUGAUGGUGUGACGUUUUGAUCAAUUUGAUGAUAAAAAUGUCGUAAAGAAGCAUAGCGGCACAAAGCUCACAAAGUGUUUGAAAAAUCCCCCCCCCCCCGACGUAGAUGGGUCAUUGUACCAAAAUUGGACGCCCUUUUUCAGGAUCCUGGAUAAAAGGCCUGCCUAACCCUAACCCAAACUUCUCCGACGAAUCUUUUGUGUGAUGUCAUACAUCAUUUGAGUGGAGAAUAGAUUUUCCCUUUGAUACACAUGCAUUCUCAAGCUUUCGUGUUCAUUUUAGUAUUCUUCUACAAAGACCACGUGUUAUUCUAAAUCUCAGCAGUACGCUGACGUCACGAUUGACACCGCUGGUCAGAAAUAUUGACUACGCUCUUGACUGGGUUCACAUGGAAGCUGGACGAGCUAUAUACAGGUAUGCUGUUGGACAGAAUUUUGUGAAAAUACUGUGUUUAUAGCUAUAUUAACUAUCAGUUCUAAACUGUUCUCCAUGGAGGUCCAGUGAGGAUCUUCUCUUAGAAGUCAUCUCUUACUGGUAGGAGUCAUCUCUUACUGAUCCAGUGUUACAAGAAAGUUAAACUGAAC